AUGGAUGAAAUCAUUGCUAUUCACCCUCCUAGAAGCUAUCAUGGAGACGAUGUCGUUUUGUGGAAAGGAACUCAUAAUGGGAGCUUUACAAUUUCCAGUGCUUAUAAUAUUCUGAGUGGUGAUAUGCAGUCGAAAGAGCACAAUUUUGCGAAGGAUUUGUGGGCCACCACGUGUCACUCUCUUUGGUUCUGGAGAAAUCAAAGGAAGCAUGAUGAUCAAUUUGUGAUGCCGAGCAACCUCUCUUUCAUGUUGUGUAACAAAUUUAAGGUCUAUCACGCAGCGAUUGACCGUGGCCGAGAAAUUAGUGCGAAGAACCAACAGGAAAAACACAUUAAGUGGAAUCCACCCAGUUUCGGUUGCAUUUGUGUUAAUGUCGAUGGGGCAGUCAAUGGCUCGCUUCAAGCUUCGUGUGGAGGUCUUCUUAGGGACCACAAUGGCACAUGGCGUAGAGGUUUUUCAAAAAAACAUAGGCAAAUGUAG